CGAAUAAACAUUCUGGUUUUAUAUAAAGUAUUAAACGUCAACAGAAAUGAGAGUAGUUUAUUUUGUAUUUGCGAUCAGCAGCUUUCUGGUCAUCGUCCUAUCAGUAAACAAAACCCCGCUUCGCUAUCGACCAUUUCGCUGUCGGAAUGGUUGGUCCGUGUCGCAAACCGUUCGCUGCGAUGGCUUUCGCCACUGCGUGGAUGGUUCCGAUGAAGAGGAUUGCUCGCCGCCGAUAAUUGUGGAACAACCUGCGCCAAAUAUUACCGUGCCCGUCGGUACGGUAAUGAACUUGACCUGUACGGCCGCAGGAAAGCCGGCACCACUGAUCGAAUGGAAAAUGAACGGUAAACAACCGGAAGCGAAUUGUGAUUGGACUAGUGAGGAUGGCUAUGGAGUGCUAAGUUGCCGAAUGAGGCUGAUCGAUAGUGGGAAUUACAGCUGCGUCGCUAAACAACCGAAGGCAACCGUGGAAUCUUCGGAAUCCAGGGUAGUUGUAACUGGAAACGUGUGUAGGGAUGGUUAUUUUAAUCAGGCCGGUGCCAAGAAAAGUUGUAUGAAGUGCUUCUGUUCGGGGGUGUCGAGUUUGUGCCACGCAUCAGAGCUCUUCCGUUGGAACUAUACAAUGGAUAUGAACGACUGGAAAAUGAAGUAUGCCACCAUUCAGGGUUUGAACUUAAAUCCCAAGCAGUUGAUCACAAACGUGUAUGAUAAAUUUAAAGAUCUACCAAGAAAUUCAACGCCUUAUUAUCGAUUACCGCUGAAAUAUACAGAAUACCAAGUUGGCUCCUACGGAGGAAUUGUUCGGUAUAAGAUUGAGGUCGAUAACACAUCCUAUCGGAAGGAAGAUCCGGAUAUUAUUCUUAAAGGUUACAAUACAACUUUACUAUUCCGCUACAAGCCCCGUUUAAUCCCCGGCCAGCCAAACGAUGUGGCUGUGCUGCUUCAUGAAGCGAAUUUUCGUCAGCUGGAUGGAAGAAAAGUUUCCCGAGAGGAUCUGAUGACGGUGCUAUCAUAUAUAGAUACAUUCCUGAUUAAGAUGUACCCACUGAACGGCACUUACUGGCCGUCUGCAUCACCGGUGGUGAUGGAUGCUUCCACCAAGCUAGGUUAUCAUGGAUUAGGCAAAAUGGCACGGGUUGAAGAGUGUCGUUGUCCCUAUGGGUAUCGAGGAACUUCCUGUGAACGGUGUGAUUUCGCCUAUAAUCGAGUCUUUCGGUUUCUGAGAACCGGUGCCUGUAUGCCGUGGGAGUGGCAUCGGGCGGAGUAUAUGAAAGUGUCGACAUCAACGACCAUGAGGAACUAUCACUAUGUGUAAUUGAAUAAUUCGACAAAUUUUAGAAA